GACGAGGACUGCGACGCGGCCGGCGCCAAGCGGCGGCUCUUCCGCUUCAAGCCGGCCUUCGACGUGGUGCUGGUGCGCGAGGUCAUCCGCUGCUUCCCGUGGGCCGCGGGCUACGGGCGCACGCGCUCCGCCUGGAUGUCGGUGGCCACGCGCGUGCAGUCCACGCUCGAGAGCAUGAAGGGCGUGGCCUUCACGCGCGGCAGCGCGCUGGACCACGCCAUCGUCAAGCGGCGCGUCGACAUGCUGCUCGAGGCCUUCCGCAAGAACGAGAUGGCGGGGCUGCGCGGCUCCGGCACGCCCGAGGAGUUCGACAUGCGCAACAAGCUGCUGGCGAUCCUGGCCAGAGUGGUGGACGAGCAGACGCUCAACAAGGGCGCCAUGCGCGAGAAGCGCGUGCAGGCGGCGCUGCAGGUGGCGCUGCGCAACCUCGCAGAGCUGGAGGGCACCGCCGGCAUGGUGGUGCCCCCGUCCGUGGGGCUCACGCCUCCGCCCGCUGCUGCUUCGACGCCGCCCGCGCCGUCAACGCCGUUGAUGCCGAUCGCCCCGGCUCCUGUGGCGGUGGCGGCCGUGCCGAGUCGCGCGAGUCCGAGCCCCAGUCCAGUGCCGCAGAAUGUUCAGCAGAGCACCAGCGUACAGCAGAACGGCAGCAACAAGCGGCCGCUGCGUGCCCCCGUUGUGGCAGUUGCUGGAGCUGCCGGUAGUCAGGAGAUGAAGAGAGCGCGGGUCGAGAAAACGGUGGUCACGGUGGACUCGGCGCUGAGCUUCGAGGAGCGGAAACUGCGUCUCGAGGAGAGGCGUGUGGCGCUGGAGGAGGAGAGACUGGCCUGGGAGAAGCAGAAGGCCCAGCAGGAGGGCAAGGAGCGCCAGGCGCUGCUAGACGUGCUCAGCACGCAGGGGUCCCUCGUUACAGAGCUGCUCGCGCACUUGCGGAGCACCAAGAUGGCCAUGAACACGCAC